AUGUUCAAGAAACUCGUCAAGCGCAGUCGGCGCCACGGCUCGGACGACGACGAGCCAAACGACCGGCAGCGCAUUAGCGUCGGGAGCAAGUCGUCGAAAAAGCCCAAGUCAAAAAAUGGUGCGACAUUCCUCGAUGCCGACACGCUUGGCGCGCUCUCAAGCGCCGUGGCCGGCAAGCACAAGCUCAGCCCCGCGCGUCUCUGUCGCGUUUUUGAAAAGUACGAUACGGACGAAGCCGGCGUUGUCGACGACGCGACGUUUGCCAAGUGCAUCAAGAAGCUGGGCGUUGGAUGGUCGAAAGACCAGCUGUCGGUCGUCCAAGACUGCUUCCGCGUACGCCGACAAGCUAUCGACUACUACAGCUUUGUGGACUUUGCCACGAGCACGCGCGACUCGGAAAAACUCUCUGCGGUUGCUGCCGCGCUCUGCGAAGCCAUUGCUGACUAUGACAAGCGGUCGGGUGAGCAGCCCUUCAACAUGUUUGAGUCGCUUGAGCGCGCCGACAAGAACGAGCGGGGGUGGCUCGCGCCGGACGUGUUUCGCAAGUGUCUCACGCGACCGGUCGAUAUGGAACUCACGUCCAAGCAAGUGAACCUUCUCCUGGAUCGAUUCUCGUUUGAAUUCGAUUCAAACAACGACGACGAUGGUAUCGGCGUCGAUUACGCGCAAUUUGCGGCGUGGCUGCAACCGUCGUUUCACUACAAAGCCAAAGAGCUGCAGAAACGCGUGCAAGGGCUCUUCCGACACGCCAAGAAGACGCAUGGGCUGCGUUGCAUCGAUAUCUUCAAGGCCGUUGACGACGACGACAGCGGUCUCAUUUCCCGACUCGAGUUUAAAGAGGCGCUCCACGACCUCGGGUUCCCCGUCACGGACGCGCAAAUCAAGGGGCUCAUCGAGUCGGUCGAUGGCGAUGGCAACGGCAAGAUCGACUACAAGGAAUUCGCGGUCGCGUUUGGCGCACCCAGUGAAAACGACGACGACGACGACGACGGCAAAGGCAAAACGACCAAGAGUAAAAAUGCCAAGAAAAUUCCGAGUUUCAAGGCGCUCAUUGAGCCAAGUGCACUUUCGGCGAUGCUUACCGCUGUGCACGGAAAACGACGUAAGAACGGUCUCGAUAUUGCGGCCGUGUUUGAGAAAUACGACACGCACGAGCGGGGCUACCUCGACGCCGCAGCGUUUACGAAGGGCAUUGCCAAACUCGGUAUCAAGCUCAAGAAGGACCAUCUCGCUUGCUUGUGUCUCUGCUUUGGCGUCAAGAAGAAGACAGACGCCAUCGAUUACUACGCAUUUGUCGACUACCUCCAGCAUCAGCCCGACACGAAGCAGCUCGAUAAAGUCCGGUCCAAGAUCACGACGCAGCUCCGGGCCUUCGACAAGGCAUCGGGCGAGGCUCCGACCAACUUGCACACGCAAUUGGCACAACUCGAUACCAAAGACGCCGGUUGGAUUCCGAUCGCGACGGCCGACAAGUUUUUCAGUGACCACGGAGGCCUCCGCCUCAAUGCGUCCGAGAUUGAGACUCUCCUCGAGCGCUUUGGCUACGACUACAAUGUGCGCGGCAAGUCCAAGCCAGUGACGGGCGUGGACUACGACCAGUGCGCGCGCUGGCUGCAGCCGUCACUGCAUCUCGACGUCCAAGCGCUACACGCCACCGUGCGAUCGCUCUUCCACCACGCCCAAAAGACACUCCAGCUUCGCCUCAAAGACGUGUUUCGGGACAUUGAUGCGGACGAGAGCGGCGUCAUCUCGUGCAUCGAAUUGAAAGAGACGCUACAAGCGAUGGGGCUGCCCCUCACCGACGCGCAGGUGCGGUGCCUCGUGGACGAGUACGACACGGACGGCGACGGCAAAAUCAACUACCGCGAGUUUGUGGCAGCGAUCGGCGAGCCGGACGACAACGAGUCGAAACACAAAAAGCAAGUCGUCGUCGCAAUCGCGCAGCGUCGUGCUGUCGCGCGAGAUUCAGGACGCCAUUGCAAAGCGGUCCAAGGCAAGCACAGGAGCUCGACCGACCUCGCCGCCAUUUUUGAGGCCCUCGACGCCAACGAGUCGGGCUUUUUAGAUCGGGAUCGCUUCGAGAAAGGUCUUGGAAAGGCCAAGAUCAAGCUCAAGAGAGAUCAACUCAAAGCUGUCGCCGCGUGCUUUCAAAAAAGCAAAAAAGACGGCAUCGACUACUAUCAAUUUAUCGAGUUUGCGUCCGCGCGCACGGACGUUGACGAGCUCACAACGAUGGGCGAUGCGAUGCGCAAGGCGAUUGGUGCGUACGAUAAGCGGUCGGGCGAACAACCAUACAACGCCCUCGAGUAUUUGAAGCGACUCGACCGAAAAAAGCGGUUGCGUCUCCCGCCCCGGGCCUUCAAGACCUUUCUCGCCGAGAACAGCAUCGUGGACUUUCGAUUAAAGGAGAAGGAAGUCGCGGCCGUCGUUGCGCACUUUGAGUGUCAAUACGACGAUGGCGAUGCCGGCGUCGACUAUGAGCAGUUUGCCCGGUGGCUCCAGCCGUCACUGCACUACGAUGUCGCCGAGCUUCACGAUCAGCUCAAGCGCCUCUUCAAGAAGACAAAACUCGAGUGGCGGGACAUCUUCAAGGAGAUGGACGCGGAUGGCAACGGCAUCGUGACGCGCCUCGAGUUUAAAGAGGCGCUUCGAGAGCUUGGCAUGCCCACGGCGACGGAAAGAUGGCGUACGACGAAUUCCUCCGAGCUCUCGGACAAGAUGGCAAUGGCAGUGACGGCACCGAGACGUACGGCAUCCGUGGCGCGCUAG